CCUUUGCCUCGUUCAACCCAAAGCUGCACGAGUUGCUCGCCUACCCUUCCUGCUGCGACUUUCACGCUCGCUUCUACUCGUUAAACGCCCCUCACUCUAAAGGCUAUCCAUACCAAGUACAGUUCAAGCCCACGGACCGGUCAAUAUGGGCAAACCCUCCUUCUUCAAGGGCCCCGGUGGCCCCCCCACAAGCGCUGGCUCCAGUUCUCGGGACGCCUCAGACGCCAUGUCGCUGCACACGAACCCGGACUCCAGCUCUCACCCGCUCCUCGGCAAUGAAGACGACGAUGAUGAUGACGCUCUUCAGCUUGCUCCCGGCAUCGACGACCUCCCACCGAGCUAUUCAGAAUUCUACACGGACGACGCCAACGCACCCGCUGCUGCUCCCACAUCCUCCGCCACCAAUGGCCCGAACGAUCCCUUCUCAAGCGGCUCGAACCUUCCCGUGCCCGCCUUUAAGGAAGACGCCAACACCCUCGCGCAAUUCUACAUAUCCUCGGACUUCGAGCUGAUCGGCACACACUCCCGCACGACGCGCGACAGCAAGGGCAAGACGGAGCGCAAGACGGUCACGGACUUUGACGUGUCCGUGGACCUGACGCCGUUUCUCUACCGGGACGCGACGCACCGCAAGUCCUGGUCAUACCUGCGCACCGUGGAGAACAGCGAAAAGGUCCGCCGGGGCACGGUGCUGCGCAAGCGCGCGCCGGGCGUCAAGCACGACCUCGAGGUCGGCGGGGAGGCGAAGCCGGGCCUGCGCGAGUGGUGCCACCGCUUUGGCGCGAGCAGCGCGGGGCUCAAGUGCUUUGUGCUGCGCAGGGAGAUGGUCGGGUUCGACGAGGCGUACGUCAGGAACCAGCUGCUGCGCCUGAUUGCGGACACGAACUACCGCGGGAGGUACGAGGUCCGGAUCGGGAUGAAGGGCGACACGGUGGAGAUGUACAACGACGCCAAGAUCAACCGCUGGCGGUUGACUACCUGGGUGCAGUGGCUGUUCACGCUUACGCUCCUGUUCAUCUUUUCGUGGCCGUAUCUGUUCUUCCGCACGAAGCGGUGGGAGGUUGCGGUCGUCGACUGGCCUUUCAGCCGCAUGACUGAUGGCAGCAGCGGCGGCAGCGGCGGCGGGUCUAGCAAUGGUGAACCCAGGAAGGAGUACGUCAGCCUGAGCGAGGAGCAGUGGUACAACAUGUGGGCGCGCGCCAUUGCGCGGGCUGUCGUGGAGAAGAGGCAGACCACGCUGACCCAGCUGGACCUGGCCCGGGCCGAGGGUCAGGCUCCGGCGUUCACUUCGGGGAACCAGACUGUCGAUAGCUUGUUCCGGGCUGGCAUGGGUGCCAUGAAUGCCAUCAACCAUCAGUUGGGAUGGGGGCAUGAUGAGUGAUGGGAAGGUCCUGGUAAUCUGAUGCUUUUGGACUUUGGCAGUGCUAGGGAGGGGGAGGAUGGUUGUGACGUUGCUUGCAUAGCGGUGUCAUGGUGGUGUGUUUGCGCUUGGGAAGGACAAGCAAGCUUGUCCCCUUUCUGGUCGUGAUGAGGCUGGGUGCAUCAACUAGAGGCUUCUUUCUAUUUUUUCCUUUCAGCAGGCGUUUUCAAGAAGAGCUCGUUUUCCAAGAAAGCACAUGUUUGAUCCUUAUCGUUGCUUCGCACAGAGUUCCCAGACAUUGCCAUGGUGCAGCUCUCACUGGCUAGUGGCUGAGCGUUACGAGGACUGCAUGCCCCUCUCGCGUGAUUUUAACCCAAUUUGUCCA